UUUUGCGUCGGAUAAACAAUUGUGUCAUUGGAACUUCUGCCAUGAGCACAAGUUUAAUUGAAUGAUGCAGGAAAACAAACCGCCAAAGAAAACAAUACAACGAGGGAAGUUUUCAGUGUCAAGGUCUUUCUCCCGUAAGAACGGUGGCCACCAAAGCGAAACCUCGUCUCAUGUGUCGAACUCAUUACGUGAUCGAUUUGCUCUGCCAGAGAAACAUUCGGAGCAAGCGGAUGAAACAACCAACAAAGCCACGAUCGCUUUACCGAACCUUCCUUCCAUAUGUGAGUUUAUAAUGUUCUCAAACAACCGGCCAACUACGCAACCUGCAAAGCAGUUGUGGCCGCUCACAAAACUUCCACCCAUGUAUGGUGGCAACACGAGACAACGAAACACAGCUAAUAAUAUGAGAGUCACAAUUAACUCUGCCAAUUAUGGACUAACAGAGCAUAAGAAAGCACUGGCAAACAAAGGACCUGUUACGUGCUCUAAAAAAGACAUCCGCAUGGAAAUAAAGGGCAAAUUGCCUGAAGACUACCGGAAUCCCACGAUCAAAGAGACCGAAAAAAGAAUUUGGGAUUGGUUAAGCGAAUCAGAAGAACACCAACCGGCCUAUAUGCGGCGUGCAUACACUUUUAGAAAAACUAUGGAAUCGAACCAGUCGGAUGACACGCAACGUCAAAUAUUUCAACAAAAGUCGACCCUAGCACAAAAAAAUUAAUUUACACUCAGCUAGAAGUAAACUUAUUAAUGGCGCUUGAGUUUUUUAUGGUUUACUCACUAAGAAAAUUUACUAACUUCUUCUUUUGUGUUUUCCAUGUGGUUUGUUAAUUUUUUCGUGGUUUAUCUAAGUCUGGAUGUUGUUUUACACACAACGAAAAAUGAAACUGUCAUGAAAUUUUCCUCUUGUAAGUUAUCAUCAAAUUUUCUUACAACUAGCACGACAGGUUUCAUAAUGAGGAUAUCUAAACACUUCUAGAUACUAGUUCUGUACCAGUUCUGUGCUAGUCAUAAAUUCAAGUAAAAUAUGUCACUCAUAAAAAAUAAGGUACACAAAGAGCUUAUUCUUAGCGAAUUUAAAAACUCAAUUAACCAGUCAAGCAAACAACAAACUGCCUGUAAAACAAAUUGUAAAGCUUAUGGUCAGUGGUUAACGACGUUAAGGUGUAUUGCCAGUCGAAGGCACUCGUCGUCUGAUCUGGUUUGUUUUCUUUAACUGAUUUCCUUUUGAGACAAUUAAGCCAAUGGAGCGAUCCUAUCCCGGAAAUGUUCUUAGUUGAGGUAGUCUGGCGUAAUGUGUCUCUCAAGUUGUAAGUAAACAAGUUAAAGGGAGUGAAAUAAAAUUGAGGUGGACCAAAGAACAAAAGAA